AUGCCUGGAGCCUCGUGGAUGUCGCGCGAACAGUCGGCUUGGCUGUCAGAGAAGAUGGAUGGGUUUCAAUUGAGCCAGCUGCAGGGCAAUGUUUCUACGUACUUGUCAGAGGUAAAUGCUCAAUGGUUCACAAAGUGGCCCGAGGCCGCAGUGCACUUCAAGGAUGAAACUGGCGUGGUACUUACGGAAGAACAGCUCUCAAAAGAGCAACACAUUAGCUUAGGACACCAUCUUAAGCAGCGUAAGGCCCAACUACGUUCUUACUUCUACCGCAACGCCUCAGCCGUGGGGCGAGCACGAAUCACACAAUUCACCAAAACCAUCACGAAGUUGAUGGGCUCCUCCACCGAGCGCACACGUGGGCCAACCGCCGUUAAACACUUCAUUCAUACUGAAUAUCAGUCUGGGUCCUCGGUCAAGGAAGACAUCCAGGCUCACUUGAAGAAUGGUGAAUACACCCGACAGAAUCGCAUGUCCGGACUUCGCGUGGAAGCUGCCAAGGCAAUGAGUGCUCGUGGACAAGAAUACGUGAAGAAAAUGGAGUGGGAGGCGAAGAUGGAGUGUGAGCGCCGUGCUGAGAAGGCGAAGGCUGAACUGGAGGCACUACACAAUCCUGAUGAGUCGGCGCGUAUGCAGUACAUCGAAGGCCUCAGUGCCGUAGUCGGGCAACUUCUACAGACUAUUCAAGAAACUACUGGCUGGUAUGGAAGUAUUUACCUUGGAGGACCAGACCCACGUGUGGCCGGAGAUGUUCGCGUUUUCAGCUUUCACCACGGGAAGGGGUCUACUGGCCUCACCUUCCGUGAAGCACUCCCAGACCAUCACUCGCGUCUCGUCGAACCGUUCACCAUGUUCCUCAAGGGCGCCUUCGCUACCUCGCCUGAUUUUACUCUGCCAGCGGCUACCCACGCUUCCUCCACAGUUGCUACCUCGCCUGACCUUACUCUGCCAGUGGCUACCCACGCUUCCUCCACAGUCGCUACCUCGCCUGACCUUACUCUGCCAGCGGCUAACGUGCUUCCCGACGAGAUCCGCCAAGAUGAGUCAUUCGACAACUCCCUGGGAUUCCUUGGCGCAUCGCUAGAGCCGCUUAUGAUGUCCGACGACACGCUCCUAGAGCCGCUUAUGAUGUCCGACAACACGCUCUAUGAGGGUAGCAUGGGAGCCUCAAUUGAGCCUCCUAUGAUGUCUGAUGACACGCUUUACACAAUCGGACCAGAAGAGCAUGUCGACUCGUGGCAAAUGUCACUCCCAACGCUGCCUCCUUAUCCCGGCCAACUUACUCCUCCCCGUCUUCGUAGCGCUAUGGCUCGUCUUGGAUCAGGCAGUGUGAAUCGUCCUCGUCGUCCUCGUCCUCGGCCAUAUAAGGGGAAAUCAAAAUCUAUGUACGACAGGUUUGGUGAUUCUCCCCCGUCAUCUCCCGUGCCUUCUCGGGCCACCCAAACUCCUUCUCUGGCAGAAGUCAUACCUCCGCCACUUCCGGCGGCAUUUGAUUUGCCCCCUACUACCUCCUUUCCCUCUGCCAUGGCUUCUUCGCCUACUGCUGCGCAGCUGCUGGAGCCUGUGACUCCAUCUCCUCUUCCUGCCAUGCUAACUACGUCUCCUGCGACUUCAUCUCUUCCUACUGCGCUGACCACGUCUAUGACUUCAUCUCUUCCUGCUGCACUGACCACGCCUGCAACACCUGCGCUGACCACGCCUGCAACACCAUCUCUUCCUGCCGCGCCUACCAAGACUACGUCUCCUGCUUCCAAGGCUUCUCAGGUACCAGCACCUAUCACAUCCUCGCCACGUAUGAGGAUGCCUCUUGAGGACAUACCGAAUCAGUCUGUGCGACGCAGCAGUCGCACACAUGUGCCGUCAACACGUCUAGCAGAAGCCAAUAGCAUUGGCACUCACAAAAGGGCACGAAAGCCACGCAAGUCAGCUCCUUGA